AUGUUACUAUAUUAUUUCGCGAGUGCUGUCAAGUCGAUACAGUUUCACGUAGACGAUGAUAUCAUUGACAAGCUCAACUACUAUUAUACCACUGCCAUCAUAACUGUGUUUGCCAUCCUUGUCUCAGCGAAACAAUAUGUCGGCUUUCCUAUUCAAUGUUGGGUGCCUGCAACAUUCACCGAACCCAUGGAACAGUAUACCGAAAAUUACUGUUGGGUUCAAAAUACUUAUUUUUUACCUUUGCAUGAUUACAUUCCCCAUAAUUAUGCUGAACGAGAAAAUAGACAAAUCGGGUAUUAUCAAUGGGUUCCUUUUGUGUUAGCGCUCGAAGCUCUUCUAUUUUAUGUACCGACUAUUGUAUGGAGAUUGCUUAGCUGGCAAUCAGGAAUACAUGUGCAAUCGCUUGUUCAAAUGGCAUGCGAUUCCCGACUUUUGGAUUUGGAAUCGAGAAAUCGAGCACUUCAAACCAUCGCUACGAAUGUCGAAGAAGCUCUUCACGUGAAACACCAAGUGAUGUCUGGAAAUCGAUUGAAACUUCUGAACUUGAUAAUCUGCACACGAUCGUCUGGAGCUGCCGUCACCUUCUUGUACAUUUCGGUCAAAAUUCUGUACACUGUUAACAUUGUUGGACAGAUUUUCUUGUUGAAUACAUUCUUGGGAAAUCGCAGCAAGUGGUACGGAUUGCAGGUGUUGAACGAUUUGAUGAACGGUCGAGAAUGGGAGGAGUCAGGGCAUUUUCCACGUGUCACUUUAUGCGAUUUCGAAGUUAAAGUUCUUGGAAAUGUUCACCGACACACCGUUCAAUGCGUUCUUAUGAUUAAUAUGUUCAAUGAAAAGAUAUUCCUAUUCCUUUGGUUCUGGUAUUUCUUGCUUGCUGGAGCCACCGUUUGCUCACUGUUUUAUUGGAUCUACAUCUCAGUCGUACCAAGCAGGCAGCUCAACUUUGUCGGAAAAUAUUUGACGGGUAUUGAGGGAUACAAAAUGGUCGAUUCGCAGUCACUCCGACGAUUUGUCUUCCAUUUCCUGCGACAGGACGGCGUAUUCUUGCUUCGAAUGGUUGCAACUCAUGCCGGAGAACUGCCAUGCUACGAGCUUGCUAAGACGCUUUGGAACAAUUAUUGCGACAAUAAGGAAGGAAAAAUGCACGACGUGUGA